AUGAAAAUACACACUGGAGAAAAACCUUUUUCGUGUAAUAUCUGUGAAUAUAAAUGCAUUAAGAAAGGUACUUUGCAAAGACAUAUGAAAAUACAUACUGGAGAAAAACCUUUUUCGUGUAAUAUCUGUGAAUAUAAAUGUAUUACAAAAAGUAAUUUGCAAUUCCAUAUAAUUAGAAAACACACUGUAGAAAAACCUAUUUCGUGUCAUAUCUGUGAAUAUAAGUGUUUUGCAAAAAGUAAUUUGAAAACACAUAUUAUGAAAAUGCACACCGGUGAAAAACCUUUUUCGUGUAAUAUCUGUGAAUUUAGAUGUACUUUAAAAAGUAGUUUGCAAAAUCAUAUGAAAAUACACACUGGAGAAAAACGUUUUACGUGUAAUAACUGUGAAUAUAGGUGUAUUACGAAAGAUAGUUUGAAAUACCAUGUUAUUCAAAAACACACCGGAGAAAAACCUUUUUCGUGUAAUAUCUGUGAAUAUAAAUGCAUUAAAAAAAGUACUUUGCAAAGACAUAUGAAAAUACAUACCGGAGAAAAACCUUUUUCGUGUAAUAUUUGUGAAUACAAAUGUAUUACAAAAAGUAAUUUGCAAUUCCAUAUAAUUAGAAAACACACCGGAGAAAAACCUAUUUCGUGUCAUAUCUGUGAAUAUAAGUGUUUUGCAAAAAGUAAUUUGAAAACACAUAUUAUGAAAAUGCACACCGGUGAAAAACCUUUUUCGUGUAAUAUCUGUGAAUUUAGAUGUACUUUAAAAAGUAGUUUGCAAAGUCAUAUGAAAAUACACACUGGAGAAAAACCUUUUUCGUGUAAUAACUGUGAAUAUAGAUGUAUUACGAAAGAUAGUUUGAAAUACCAUGUUAUUCAAAAACACACCGGAGAAAAACCUUUUUCGUGUCAUAUCUGUGAAUAUAAAUGUAUACGAAAAAGUUAUUUGAAAACACACAUUUUAAUUCACACCCGUGAAAGGCCCUUUUCGUGUAAUAUCUGUGAAUAUAAAUGUAUUACAAAAAGUAUUUUGCAAAGGCAUAUGAAAAUACACACUGGAGAAAAACCUUUUUUGUGUAAUAUCUGUGAAUUUAGGUGUAAAAGAAAAGAUAAAUUGCAAAAUCAUCUAAAAAUACACACUGGAGAAAAACCUUAUUCGUGUCAUAUCUGUGAAUUUAGAUGUAUUAAAGAAAGAAAGAAAGAAAGAAAGGUAUAUUCUCCAAAAUUUCGCCAUCACAGAUAA